AUGUCAAAUCAAUAUCCAUCCUAUCACAACUACAAUAAUCAACAGCAAGCUCAACAGCAGGAUAACAUGAAUCAUAAUCAACCCCCACAAUAUCAGGUGCAGGUGUUGUCACAUCAAUUUCAUGCACCAAAUAAUCUUUUGCCAAUGCAACCAACGAUGUCGCAUCGCCAACAUAUUCCUUCAUCUUUUCCUACUAAUGGUUCAGUACCUGGCACUGAUGCUUUUGUAACUACCCCUACAAACAACCCAUUUAAUAUACCGCAGGGUAUUCCUCCGCAAUCCCUGCAGCAAAACUAUGUGUUACCUCUGCCUGCAUCGAUAAUAUCUAACGUGAAAAACAAGUCUCCACUUCAUCCUGAUACUUCACCCACGAGAAAGCGACUGCAAUCACGACUUCAAGUUCCAACUGCUUCACCACACCCUCAACAAACACCAAAGAAGAAAAGGGGUAGACCACCGAAGCCAGACUCUUUAGCUCAAAAAAUCACAACAACAUUGAAUAUAAGUGUUAAUACUUCACCUUUGAACUCCACACCAGCAGAAUCGAAUUCUAAUCUGAUGGUGAGGCAAGGUGCUCCCGAUAUUUUUACUCCCUUAAUGAGAGUCAGCCCUACAAGCAAAUCACAAAGAAGAAAACGGAAGCUUUCCACUAGUAGCAACGGAAGCAAUCAGAGCUCAUCCAGCCCCACCACCAACAAUGGGUCUCCAACUACGAAGAAAUCAAGACCUACCAACACCAACCAAAGUCAAAAGCCGGGAGCCUUCAACGAUAGUAUAAGUUAUAACAAAAACCAACAUCUAGUAACACCGUUAUCAACUUCAGGAGAAACUCACUUUUCAAAUCCUGAAAGUUCUUACCAAAUUAAUUACAAGACUUUGGAUAAUAUGUCUAUGAUCACACAAUCUCAAGGUUAUUACAACACUCCUCCUCCUACAUCUACUAGACGCAACUUUUCAACACCCCGUGUUAACCAGAAACAACACCUAGAUAAUCUACCAGAAUCUAAUAAUCCCACACCUCUUAACCAUAAUAACCAAGCCAAUCAUUCAAGGGCCUCUCCUCAUCUAGCCAAGAUAAACGAAAUCAAACAUGAAUCGAAGAACUUGUUGCCUCCAGUAUCAUUAACGAGCCAAAGUUUAAUGAAUGAGCGGAACAACAACAACAACAACAACAACAGCAACGAAAAUAUCACAAAGAACAUACCAAAUGAGCAAGAAAUCGCUGCCCAAAACCAUUUUACUUGCGAGAGUUUUUCAAGCAGUGACGACAGAAUUAAUGGCAGUACAAGCAGAAAAUCAUCAGACGAUUUUCUGUUCAGAUUGACUAUUGAUGAGCUGGGGAAGGCAGUGUUGUCAAGUGAUGUUUUUGCUCCUAUUGCCAGCGGUGACAAGAAUGAGAUGCAGCAGCAGCAGCAGCAGCAACAACAGGAAAUUACAUCUGAGACAAAGGAACAGCUGGCUGAUGAUUUUUCUACAGUUCCAGCUCCUUCAAAGGUACCGUCCAUGUUGCCUCAUACCAAAUCAGUAAUAGGUAUAGAGUCGAUGCACAGCAAUGAGGUUAAAAGCAAAGCACCUUUAAGAAGACACAAUUCCGAUAUCACAGAUUUCAGUUCCAGCAAAGACCCAGCUCCUCAAAUCUUAGCACCAAUUAAUGAAGCUUCCAAUAAUAAUCCGCCAUCGAAUUUUAAUAAUCCACAAACACCUAGAGAAUCUUACGCAUACGUUUCAACUGGACUUACUCCAUUGUUUAAUUUGACUCCUCAGUUCAAUUCGUUGAUGUACUCAGUGAUGAAUUUGAAUGCUUCUCCAGCGUACAGAAAACCGAACAAUCCAUUUUUAAUAAAUCAGGAACUAUUCACCAAUGGAGAUAACGCUGAUAUUGUUCAAAGAAGCCAACAUUUGGAAGAGUUAGUUGAACAUCCACGAUUAGAAAAACUCCAUGAAAAAUCAAACGCUGUGAUGAUGGAAGAUCUAGUCGAUGAGAAAAAUCCAAAUAACACUACAAUGGAUACUCACAACAAUGACAUUCUUACUGGUGGCGCUCAAGAUGUUGCUGGUCAUGCUAAUUAUCUGCUGGCUUCAUCGUCAGAAGACUCUGGAGAUGCAAGACUAGCUUUGAAAAAGAUCAUUCAUGUGAAAAGAAAAUAA